ACAGUGGUUGAGUAUCGAAACGUGUGGUACAUGGAUGAUGGUGGACUGACUCGGGUGCUUUGUGAGGAAAAAAAAGAAAGUCUCGAAGAACAAACAAAGAUACUUGAGGACUGUUGUGCUUGUGACGAAGCCAAAUACGAGGUUACUUUUGAAGGACUGUGGUCACGACAUACUCACCCCAAAGACUUCCCAAACAAUGAAUGGCUAACCCAUUUCUCUGACAUAAUCGGCGCCUCCCAUAGUGCAGAUUUUCGGAUGUGGGAGUAUGGUGGAUUUGCUUCAGAAGGGGUCCGCCAGGUUGCAGAAUGGGGUGCUACAAAAAAGCUGGAAGCGGAACUAAAAGCUGAGUCCGAAAAAAUCCGCACAAUCAUCAAAGCACGCGGACUAUGGUAUCCGAGCGUGAAUGGUAAGACAUUUGCCGUUUUCCGAGUGGACAGAAAGCAUCAUCUGAUGUCCCUUCUGAGCAUGCUUGGGCCUAGCCCUGACUGGAUUGUGGGGGUCAGCACGCUCGAACUGUGCCUCAAGAACUGCUCCUGGAUGGGUGAUAAGGUGAUGAAUUUGUACCCUUGGGAUGCUGGCACAGACAGUGGAAUCACAUACAUUUCACCGAACAAUCCGACCAAACCUCAAGAAAAAAUCCAGCGGAUUUCAUCAACAUUCCCGAAUAAUUCGCAAUCCCCAUUUUUCGAUCCCAGUGGCGCCCCAAUGAAGCCAGUGGCCAGGCUCACUGUUUCCAGACAACGUGUUUACGAGAAGUCGUGCGAUGAAAUUGACAGUACUUUCACACUAACAACAGAAGAACCAGAAUAUGACCACGACAAACCUGAAUGUGCUCUGUCAGAGUGGACCGAGUUUUCUGCUUGCAGCGUGUCAUGUGGUCAGGGGAUUCGGAUGCGAACAAGAAAGUAUUUGAAUGAACAAAAGGCAAACAUGAUGCAAUGUCUAAACCAGCUAGAAGAGAAGGAACUCUGUGAUGUCUAUUGUGAAGGAAGCGUCAGCUGUGAGACAACACCUUGGAAAGAGUGGUCUGACUGCAGCGUCACCUGUGGCAAAGGCUUCCGUACACGAAGAAGGAAGUAUCUUCAGUCUAAAGCUAGAAAAGUUUGCUACUUGGACCUUUCAGAGAAGGAAAUGUGUAUGGGAAUGAAACCUGAAUGUGACGAAAGAAGAAUAAUUGACCCAAGAUGUGCUGUCACUCAGUGGUCAGAAUGGUCUCCCUGUACUGUCACCUGCGGUAAGGGCAUGAAGGUCCGCACGCGGCUCUACAUUAGUCCAGCAGCUAUAAAUAUAUGCAACCUUGAACUGAUGGAAAAGACUCCCUGCAUGUCUGACAGGCUAGAUUGUACACUUCAUUUUUCCGAUGCAAAAGAGGUAUGCAUGGAGCCUAAAGAAGUUGGACCUUGCAGAGGUUAUUUUCCACGCUGGUAUUUCGACCCCACCAAAGGAAUGUGUCUGCAGUUUAUUUAUGGGGGUUGCCGAGGAAAUCGAAACAAUUUUGAAAAAUACCCAGAUUGUAAGCAGAUAUGUGAGAUGAUGUCGAAAGCACCCAUGAGUACUCUGUCAACGUCCCCAGCUUUUGGUGGAGAAGGAACAAGUGAUUUAACUGUCAUAGACUGCAUGGUCACUCCUUGGUCUGACUGGACUUCCUGUAGCGCCACCUGUGGGAAAGCCAGGAAAGAACGGAGACGGAUGAUAAAGGUAGAACCACAAAAUGGCGGAAAUUCUUGUCCACGAAAGCUGAAGCAAAGACGCAAAUGUCGAUAUAUUCCAAAAUGUCCUGUAGAUUGUAAACUGAGCUCUUGGAGUAAGUGGUCACCUUGUUCUAAGUCUUGUGGACUUAGUGGUUACGAAGAAAGAACCCGGGAUAUCAAGAAGUCUCCAAAAAGAGGUGGAGCGCAGUGUGGUCUUAUAGUUGAGAAACGAUACUGCAGUCUUCCCCCGUGUCCCGUGUUUUAAGAGUCCAACCUCAAGUGUUUUGGUGAAAAGUCACAGUUUUCGAAGUGUACCCAAGAAAAGAACAGCCACUGUACAUAACUCACUUAUAUAAGAGACGAAAAACGUGUAUUCAUCAUGCUAUAUUGUUCUUGUAUUCCUUAGUCUCUACAAUUUCAUGUAAGUGUAUACUAUCUAUAAUAAAUAGUGUAUUAUAAUUCGUGUAAAUUGCGUUUUAGAUAUAAGGCGCAUAAUAGACAGACUUUUUAGUACGACUAGCUACGGACAAACUUGUGUAGGUCAAAAGUUUUCGCAGUUAUCAGAAACUGCAUUCUUAGGAAAACCUAAUAAAAAGGUAAAUACAUAUCAAUAUAGAAAUGUAUGUUAAUGAAGAAAGGAUUUAACAGAAUAUUUAUGCUUGUCAUUUACCAAUGUUUUCACUAUGUUAGUUUCUUAAGAUACGUACGGUAUUUACGUGCAGAUUUUAAAAUCGUUUGAGGUGUUUCGAGACUCCCGCCAAGUACACGUAUUAUGCAUGCACUCUUGUUAAAGUAAGUGGCAAUGAAAAGCACUGUACGGUUUUUUCUGUUUCGUCUGCUGAUACUUGAUAAUAUAAAAGCAUCUGUAAAUGUGUAAAAUUCUGCAAUAAAAUUUUCCAAGUUCAAAUGAA